UUUCCGCGCUUUUUCUGCGGGUGGGUGUUAUUGGGAGUUGUGUUCAGCUGAGCUGAGAAAAAGUAUAACGGCUCAAAUGUGUGCUGUUCGGUUUUCUUUCAUGACUGUGCGUUUGAGGGCCAGUUGAAAAGGCUUCACAACAGCCAUGUUGCUACCAUCUGACAUUGCGAGGCUGGUUUUGGGGUAUCUCCAACAGGAGCGCCUGACUGCCACUUGCCGGGCGUUCAUCAGCGAGAGUCCGGACCUGAAGGAGUACGCGGAGCACAGCACCGAGGACGGAGCGAUUCCUGCCUGCGUGUUUUCUUUGUUUGGGAAAAACCUGAACACCAUUCUGAAUGAAUACGUUGCCAUUAAAGCAAAAGAAUGCAGCCAGGAGUCACAGGUACCUGCUAUGAUGACGUCGCUCUGGAGGAAAUUAGAUUUCACUCUGAAUCAGAUCAGAGGACGAGAUUCCCCUCUGCAGGUUGUUGUUCCAGAUCGCAGAUUUAGCCCAGGACAGUUGUCUCCGGGCCGCAGGAAAUGUGACUCCCCCAGGAGGAGAGGUGGGCUGCUGGCUGGACAGGGCGGAGCACCAAGGACCCCCCAGAUAUCUACUGUCAUUGUGGAGACUGAGGAAUUCCAAAACGAAGGAGAGCAGGAGCCCGUCUCGGAGAGCUUUCCCCAAAUGGUUAUAGAGAACGCCAGGGACAAGAUACUUAGUGACAAGUCCCUGCAAGAGAAACUUGCAGAAAACAUUAAUAAGUUCUUGGGAAGUGAAAACAAUCCUCAGACUUCUAAACAAGGUGCAAGUGGCGCUGUGGUGCAAGAUCCUUCAAUCGAUGAAAUAUUAGGUCUCCAGGCGGAGAUCCACAUGACAGACGAGGCCAUCCGUGACAUUCUGGAGCAGACUGAGUCCGACCCAGCCUUCCAGGCUCUGUUCGACCUGUUUGAUUACGGGAAAAACAGGAGCAGUGAACCUGGCGUCCAAGGAGGUGCGGGUCCCAUUAGCGUAGACCAGAGUGCAGCUCCAGCAGAGGCCCAAGAGUCUGAGCCCAGUGAAAGCCUCUCUGAACCUGGAGAUCAGGGGGCUGGUUGUAAAGAUUCAGUGUCUGUCAUGGUGCCCACACCUAGAACACCCAAGACAAAGAGCGACUCUGGCCCCAGAAGCAAGAAGAGCAGAAAAACGGCUCAUCCCCUCCCGUGUGUGUCGCGGGUGUUACUGGCCUCCAGUUCUCCACACGGAAACGGUGAGCUCCUCCUGGCAGCCAGACCCACUGCAUGUGGAGUAGGGCAGCCCGAGAACAGAGCGACGGCAAGCAGGCACAAGCAAACCAGCGCUUCUCACCAUUGUGGGGCUGCAGUGGAGGCCUGCAGGGGCAAAGACAGCAACAGCAGCCUGUUGACAGCAGACAAGGACGGUGCCAGUUCCUCCCUUGCUGAGGAGGAGGGCAUGGACAUUGAUCUGCAACUGGAAACGGAUGCAUCACCAGAGCAUGUAAGCCAGCCGUCCCCUCUUCAACCACCUGACCAAGAGCACCUCCAGAAGGGAUCCACAGACCCCAGUCCUGUCCAGAUAAACGCUCCUCUUCCAUCGUGUGACAGAGCUCAGUCUGAGAUGAGACGACAGGAAGCUACAGGAACUCAGAACAGUCCUCCAGAGCCAUUAAGGAGCAGUCAGGACCAUGGGUUGGCAGACAAGCAGAUGACCGUGUCUCCGUCUGAAGGCCCUUUCGCAGGGGCAGUGCAGACUGAUGGCGGUGAACCCAGCAACACCGCGCCAGAUCAAAUUUCUGCAGGCUCAGCACUCUUCAUUUCCUCUCCAGUCCAGCCCGUGCUGCAGAGCAUGGUGGUCCCAGUGUCGGUUGUUGGGCAGAGCACGUCAGGCUCUUUCAGUGUGGCCCACAGUCAGAUGCCGUUAUCCGUCCGGCCUGCAGUAAACUGCGCAUUUAAGGUCAAACUGAAACCUAAACUGGCCCCCAAAGCCAGCACUGACAUAGGUAAAUCUGGACCACCUGUGUCAGAUCAGGGCACAGAUGCCACUGGUUUGCAAAAACAAAAUCCUGUGCCACUGCAGCCGAGGCUCAAGCCAGCUGGGCCUUCCCAGCAUGCAGCAGCUACAGAGGUUCCCUCUUCUUCACCUCCUCCAGCGUCGGGAUCCAAUCCCAUGAGCGGGCAGAGCCACAGGAGGGUCCUGUGCUUUGAUCUCACAGCACCCGAGCGGUGCCUCGGCACCACACCUGCCCCGGUCCAGACCAGGAGUUCUGGGGACACUUCAGCAUCCAUGGAAGCACCUGUGGUAGUCACGCCAACAGUGUUCACGGCUGCCUCCUCCUCUGCUGAGCAGCCCAAGACGAAAGGCCCCAGCUGUAAGCCGUGUGACAGCGUUCAGCCUCAAGCCGUCGGGACCGGAGCAGCUGCAGUCAGCAGGGAUGGUGCUGCACCGAGGCCCGAUGCCACAACGUGCUCGGAUAGAGGGAACACCUCGGCUCCCAUGAAGGAGUUGGAGAGAAGCAGACCCCCCUUAUCCACUGAUUCCAGCAAAGGUGCUCCAUUGCAGACUGAAUCUGAGCACAGGCAGAACCCUCAUGGCUCCAGCGGGGACGAAGCUGCAGCGAAGCAAGAGUCCUCCGGGAGGAGUCUGGAUUCUAGAAAUAAAUCUCAGACGUCGGACAACAAAGAGGAACAAGGAGGUACCGAGUCAAAGAGGGAUUCUGCCCACAGCGGCAAGGCUGCAGCCGCCGACCCCAGGCUGAAGUCGAACGUUUCGGGGACCAGAAAGGAAGCUGAUCAGGGCGCAAGGGGGAGGGAGGGGCUGGCGGAGACGAGGGGCUCCUCGCAGGACACCGCGCACGUUGCAGCCGAUAAGGAGAACAAGCUGGAGGGGAGGAAUCAGGAGCGGCAGCCAGCCGCUGCUCUGCCGCCAGGUGAGCCCGCUGGGGCUCAUGCCUCCCAGCUCAACAGUAUCCGACACCCUAACAAGACCAGCCCCCUCACUAAGCAGGCAGCGGAGAUGCUGCAGGACAUCCAGGGGCACAUCCCUACUGCCACGCCCUCCAAGAGCCCCGAGCUGCCUCUCCCCAGGACCCCAGGGUCCGGCCGCCACCCUGAAGAGCCUCUGGACUGCCUGAGGACCCCUGUCCGCCCGCGGCAGGGGCGGGACGGAGACGGCACGCCCCGGCACCUCGUGUGCUCAAGCCCCCCGGGACAGAAGGACCAGCAGUGCUCCCUCUCAUCGUCCAGUAAGAAGAAAGCCAAGAAACAGAAAAAGCUGCUGGAUUCCUUCCCGGAUGACCUGGAUGUGGAUAAAUUCCUGUCCUCGCUGCACUAUGACGAGUGAAGCCAGACAGUGCGAGGUGGAUCUUCACAGGAGCAACCUGAGUGACUGCUCUCCAAUCGGCAGCACCU